GCUUCUUGGGCGGGUUGGAGGAAGUCAGAGAAGAUGUACUGAAUGUAAAAUUUGAGUGUCGAGAUCGUCUUCGGGAGUGUGAAAACCAAUAGAAUGAUUUCAGAAAACAGCAACUUGAAGGCUCUGACUUGGCAUCUAAACAGAUGGUUCGAGACGAACUGGACCACUUCCGAGCCGAGAUUGCAGAGAUGGUAGACAUCGAGCGCGGCCUUGUACAGCAGACACUUGAGGGGGAGAGUGAGUUAGUCGAACGGCAAGUCAAAGACUUGCUUUUUAGCAGCAAGACUGAAUUAGUGAACGUGGUAAAACUUGAUGUCCAGAAGUGGUUGCAGAAUACUCACGAGAGAAUUUUCCUCAUGACCGAAGCUCUAAAGCGGGACCUUGAUAACUGCAAAAACGAGCUCGGUCGGACGCAGGAAGGUGCUGAGGAUCUGAUGCAAAUGAUUUCAGCCGUUGAGAUGCAGCGAGAGAUGGCUACAGCUGCUGCUGCCGAUGCUUCCAGGUCUGCGACUAAAGCGAGUAAUGUAUUAAUGGAUGUGUCCACAAGUAUCAACAACGAGAUGAUGAAUACCCAUCUUAGGAUGAAACAAUUCGAGGAGUUAUUGUCAGUUGAGAAGGAAAUUGUGACCUUGGCUAUGUAUGAAGCACGGAAGAUAAGCCAUGAAUUACAGAAAGAGAAAGAAGACGCUCUUGUUGUUGUCAAAGAAGCACUACACAAGCAACAGGAAAUGCAAGAUCACUCGGAAUCAGAAAGCUCCAGAUUAUUGACAGCCUACAUGGCAAUUCAAACCGAGCGUGGCACAGCAUCGCAAGCUGCUUCAGAUGCAACAUCCUCGGCGAUGAAAGCGAAGGAAACCGUGACUGAAAUAUUGGAUACUUACCAUGUGGAGAUGGCUAAGGUCCGGCACACGAGUUCACAAUUCCAGAAGGUCCUUGAAAAGGAGAGACUUGAGCUGGAGCGUGAGCGAGAACUUGCUGCCAAGAACAGUCACAUCGCGCAGGAUCGUCUCAGGGAAGAAUUUGAGCUUGCCAUUGGUGACUGGAAACAGACAUUGAAUGUCGAAAUUUUCAGAGCUAAGGAAGAACAGAUGAACUGGAAAAGGAGAUGCUGCGGCGUGGAACAUAUGUGCACGAUCACCUAAGCCUAAAGUUGUCUCCCAAGAGCUUCUCAGCCCAGUCGGAUCUGAAGAACCCCAUUUCAAAGACGGAGGAGUCAAUCUCGGGUGUCGCUGCAAUGGUGAAGGAAAUCCAAGAUUACAGAGAGCACUUCUGUAAGUAGAAGAAAAGGCGCCCGAUCCUUAAG